GGCUUUAGUUCAACAGUUUAAGAAAGAGCGUGAUGGAUAGACAGAUUACUGUGACAAUUUAAUUUCUUCAGCAAAGUCAGUGAGAAGUUCUAUUACUUACAGCAAUCCCAGUUAAAAAGCAGCCCCCCAAAACUCAAAGCCCAACAGCAAAUAAAAGAGAUCCAAAUGCAGAGAGCCCUCCAAAGUCCACAGAGACACUGUCCUGCUUCAAGCAUCUUGUGCUUUACUCUUCCUCUGACCAUACAGUCAGGACGUGGAAACCUUUGGAAGAGUACCACUGUCUUUUUUUCCCCCAGCUUAGAACACAUACUGUUCUUAAUCAGAAAUGCAGUCAUAUCUACUAGACACUUAUUAACUCUUCAUGAAAUAACAAGUGCACUCCUCACAUAAUGUGAUCUUAAUGUAUAUAUACUCUGUAUGUGUGUAGCUGCAGUGUUUGUAUUUACUCAGGGCUCAGUGUUCUUUUUUCGUUUUGGUGGAAAUAAGAUCAUGAUCAUUGUCAUGACUUAACCAGCCUGGGACCAUGUUACAUUUGUAGAGGUUGUCUACCCUUCCUUGAGGCUGGCAUUGCACAAGGUGCAGGCUGUUUUCCAUGCAUUUUAGCUUCAAAGUUAAAACAGGAGAUAGGGUGCUUAUUAGUGGCAAUCAGUGCACUGUUCAGUGCUGGUACAGCCUCUGUAGAAGCAACCUGUCCCAGCUGAACUCAAAAUGGAAUUAGGAAUUUCAGAUGAGAUGUGAGAACAAGGGAGUGCCUUAUGCUACAGCCAGCUUAAGUAUUAAACACAUUUCGUAAGCAAGGAGUACAGCCAACCCUAUCACCACACUUUUAUAAAGCUGACCUCAGUCAGUCCCUACUGAGAUGGGUCUAUGUGAUUUUCUCUCGUAGCUGCUGAAGAGAAUCUCUUGAAGCUUCUUGUUAAGCUCUUUUAAAGAGACAUGGCACAAACUGGACUUAGGAUUCUUCUACUCAUAAGCAUACUGCUGCUGGAUCAGACCAUCAGCCAAGCUUCCAAAUUCAAAGCCAGGAAGCACAGCAAACGUAGAGUGAAAGAAAAAGAUGACCUAAAAACCCAGAUUGACAAAUUGUGGCGGGAAGUAAAUGCUUUGAAAGAAAUGCAAGCUCUUCAGACAGUCUGUCUUCGUGGGACAAAGGCCCAUAAGAAGUGCUACCUUGUGUCAGAAAGCACCAAGUAUUUUCAUGAAGCCAAUGAAGACUGCAUAGCCAAGGGAGGGACACUGGCUAUCCCACGGAAUAAUGAUGAAACAAACACUCUUCGAGAUUAUGGCAAGAAAAGUAUGCCUAGAGUGUCUGAGUUUUGGUUGGGUAUCAAUGACUUGAUAAAUGAAGGGAAAUUUGUUGAUGUCAAUGGCAUGGCUCUACAGUACUCCAACUGGGAUCGUGCCCAACCAAAUGGGGGGAAGCGUGAAAACUGUGUCUUUUUUUCCCAGUCAUCACAAGGCAAGUGGGUGGACGAAGUCUGCCGUACUGCCAAAAGAUAUAUUUGUGAAUUUCUGAUCCCAUAA